AUUUUAACAGACCGUGACAACAUUAAGUAUUGCUCAGCCAUGCAGUUCAUCGAAUACAAAAGCUCGAAAUGAAAAACGAAUGAGACGAAACUACGAAAAGCUUUAAUUGAACAAUACCCUUUGGAAAUUACAUUAACAAAAGCCAGUCAAGCGGGAAAAAUAACUUUAAUAGCUCAAACAACACCGCUGUUUCGUGCAAAUAACAAUCUCAGCAAGGUCUCUAACGGUCUGACAAAAUCGGUAUAAAAACGCGUAACUGAACAUGAUAAAUCAUUUGCGACUUUGCUCGUAGAAGAAUCAUCUGCUCGCAUAGCGAAUGAUAUUCAAAAUGAAACGCUCAAAAUUACUGUUAACGAGCUCCGUAAUUUUCAUUCUCUUUACUUUGUAUGUCAAGUACUCUUGUGCGAGGUCAUAUAAGGAAAUCCACCAUUUGUUGACGGACGACGAAAGAGAGGAGAUUUUUGGACAUCCAUUUGCAGAAUAUGUUCCAGAGUAUGAUGUAUUGCAUCCAGUCCAAGUUGACGCGAGAGGCAGUUUCAUGUCACGUGAUCUGGCUAAUGGCAACGCUCGUCGCAAGAGAGAUAUCGGUAGCACUGGAGGUUUUAAAGAGCCCGUCUUUUUCAAGCUCUCCGCUUUUGGCCAAGAUUUCCACCUAAAUGUCACGAUCAACGAUGAGCUAUUCUCGCCCAAUUUUGAGAUCGAGAUUCGCAGCAACGGUUCCUCAGAAUUCCAUUAUGAAAUUGACCACUGCCAUUACAUUGGUCAACUGCUGCCUGCAGAAGGGAACGAGAGCAAAGUGGCGGUCAGCAAUUGCGAUGGAUUGAAAGGUUUAAUUCGCACACCACAAGACGUUUUCGUGGUACAUCCACUACCAGAUCGUCUGAAACUGGGGAAGAACAACACCCGCGCCCACGUAAUACACAGGAGGUCUUUAUCGCCCAUGCGUGUGCAGUCACUUGUAGAGGCUCUCGAAAAAGAGAAAAGAUCUGACAGCUGGUGUGGAGUGGAAGAUGGAUCAGCCGUUCAGCAGUCGGACGAAGGCGAGUCCCACUUGAAUUUUGCUCGCUCGUCAGCCAACCAAAAGAGAACGAUUGAGUCCAUGAUUGUGGUGGAGAAAAUGAUGACCAAGUUCUAUGGUGUUGAUCAAAUCAAGAAAUAUGUGCCAACUAUUGUCAACAUGGCUCAUGGAAUUCUGGCAGAUGCUUCUAUUGGUGCAAAUAUCAGGUACAUGAUACACAAACUCUUGAUCUUGGAGCAAGACAUGAGAGGCCUUGUGAUCAGCCCGCAUGCAGCCAGUACUCUGACAAGUUUCUGUAAAUGGACAACAGGACAAAACAUACAAGAUGACAAGAAUCCCCUUCACUUUGACCAUGCAGCUCUCAUCUCUAAGUACAACUUUUGUAGAGACAAAAAUGCAAGAGCGGAGGACUGCGGAGAUAUACUAGGGCUCGCAGACUUGAAGGGAAUGUGUAAACAGGACACAAGUUGUACUCUGAACAAAGACACUGGAUUGGGAACUGCGUUCACACUAGCUCAUGAAACAGCUCAUAAUUUGGGCGCUGAACACGAUGGAGAAAGCAACAGAUGUAACGAUGGUGUUUACAUCAUGGCAACCAGAGCAAGUGGUAAGCUGACAGCGUUUGAUUGGUCACCAUGCAGCAGGAAUUAUGUGACAAAGUUUCUGCAAACUAAACAGUCUGGAUGUCUUAAUGACAAUGCAGAGAACAAAGUCGCUAUACCGAAAGGCUUACCGGGACAGCUUUAUGAUGGAAACGAUCAGUGUGUGCGCAUGUUCGGUGCUGGAUCACGUGUCUGUGAUAUCCCGGAUUUAAAGGAGAAAAUGUGCGUCAACUUACAUUGUGAAAAGCCUGAUGGUUACUGCUCCUCGAACGACGAGCCGGCUGCUGAUGGAACAAAAUGUGGCAACAGGAAGUGGUGUCGUCGUGGUCGUUGUGUUCCUGUUGGAAGCAAGGGAUACCAGGACGUGGAUGGAAACUGGGGGGCCUGGAAACCUUGGAGCUCGUGCUAUCCUCGCUGUGGGAAAGGGCUUAGUGUGAGAGUACGCGAGUGCGACAAUCCUGCUCCCAAGGCAAGAGGAAAACUAUGCGAAGGGAAAGGAGCAGAAUACAAAUUAUGUAACAAUGCGAAAUGUCAACCAAAUGAACAUCCAAGGAUGAAACAGUGUAAAGACAAAAGAAACGUUCAGUUUGGAGGAGGAGUGACAUAUAACUGGAUUUACGAUCCAUAUUACUCAUCAGGAAAAGCUAAGUGCGUCCUGAACUGUGCUACAACCGAAGGAGACACCACAACCUUUGGAAACGUUAAAGAUGGAACUCCAUGCACUGACAAGCCAAACAGUGGCCUCUGCAUUAACGGACAGUGUGAGACUGUUGGAUGCGAUGGCGCAAUCGCUUCAAGGGCAAAAACAGACCGCUGUGGAGUAUGUAACGGAGACGGCUCAAGUUGUUCAGGGGGCGGUAACCAGGGCAACAGACCAAAACCAGGCAAACGACCCAAACCAGGCAAAAAGCCGAAACCGACCAAACCACCAACGACUAGCGGUCAACUAAAGAAGUUUACGUACGACGAAACACCCGGGUCAGGAGAGUACGAUGUGGUAAUCGGUACUAUUCCAGCUGGAGCACGAAAUAUCAUGAUCGAAGAAGCGACUGCUUCCGAAAACAAUUUGUUUUUGGAGGAUGCAGGUUACAAUUAUAUUAUUAACUAUGAUACAUACCGCGCUAAUUUUGGGCCAAAGGAGUUCAAAGGGGCUGGAACUAUGUUCCGGUUCACGAAACGAAACCAGAAAGAAACUAUCACUGCUCAAGGACCUCUUAAAAAGAGUGUAACAUUACUGUACGAAGUGUACGAUUAUUGGGAUAAAUACAAAGUGAAUUACCAAUAUGUCAAGCCUGGUGCCCAGUCCACGAGGAGUUUCAGUAUCGAAAGCGACUUCCCAGAUCUCUUCCGUGAAAUAUACAAAGUGAACAAAGAACUUAGAGAGGCUGAGGGACAAAGUGAAGUUGAAGAAAGGCCGAAAAUGAAAUGGAUUAUGUCGUCGCAAGGAUGUUCAGUAACAUGUGGCGGAGGAAUUGAAGUUAUUAGCGCGGUAUGUGUUCGUGAGGACGAUCAAUCAGCCGUCGGAGAUCAGUUCUGCGAAGAGAAGAGGCCUGAAGAUAUAACAAAGGAAUGCAAUACCCAGACAUGCCCUGCGAGGUGGGAAAUUGGUGAAUGGACCGAUUGCACGAAAAGUUGCAAUGAUGGCGAGCGCGGCGUCAGAUCUCGUGAGGUGUUCUGCGUGGAAGAUUCUCAGGGCGUUGAGUUAGAAGUCGAAGACAGCAAAUGCAAGGAACCCAGACCAACUAGCCAAGAGGCGUGUGGGAAACAGCCAUGCCCCGCAGAGUGGUACACGGAGCAUGCUGGCCAGUGUUCAACUUCUUGCGGCCCGGGUGUUCAACCUCUGACGGUAGAGUGUAUAAGAAUAAACUCAUCUGGGGAGACUGUGACUGUGGAUGAAAAAGAAUGUACGGACAUUAAGCCACCGACUCGUGUGGCGUGUAACGUGGAGAAUCCUUGUAAUGACCAGUAGAAAGCUGAGGAACAAGGUAAAUCUUCUUCACCAUAGGUUGAAUGUCUGAAUGGAGAUGGAAGCAGUCCAUAGGAUGACCACUCUUUGAAGAUGACCUUCACUGAAAUAUUCCAGUUACACUGUUUUUACAUAGUGCAUGCUGAAUUUUUGGUCCAAAACUUUUUACAGCUUUUCUAAUCUUUCUGUAAUUUAUAGUCUUCGUUGUUUUAUCCGUUUUGUAAAAACCUUGAAGUUAUGAUACAAUCAAUAAGCACUUAUUGUUAAAGCUAAAAUCAAGGGUGUCGUUAACGGAUUAUGCUGUUGCUACUGUAACCUUUUCGUAGUCACGAAAAUGAACAUAACUUGUUUACUAUACCUGGGCAGUUGUUCGAUAUCAUUAUUAUGGAGGAAGUAGCAUCAAAGAGGUGCUAAAAAUGCUGGAAACCGUUGUGAGCCACCUUAACGUUUUUGUAGAGAGAGAAAGGUCAACGUUAUGACUUUGUAAUAAGUAAUAAUACCUGUAUAAAAAGACAACCAGUUUUUAUCAAAUAACUGAGCCACUACGAGCUCUCUCAUUGAUCGAUGGGUGUGUUUAGAUGAGAAUGUGUAAACACGGUUGUGACGUUUUAGAUUCGCGCGUAUUUUUGAUAAUUAUUU